UCCCGUUGGUCCCAGUCCCUUGUAUCAGUUGAAGCCCCCGUGGCGAUCUAUCACCGUCCGCUCACCGCCCGCCACGAACAAACGUCCCGGAUCGAUCGGCUCAGUGGCAAGUGAUCGCAGUAGUGUCGUGAAAGUUUUAGCGCCAAAAAAGUUCCAAUUUCUCGAACACUCUGCUGAAUUGGUGCGUCCCAACAUACAGCAAGUGAGGAAGCGAGGCCGUGUAGCAUUCUGUUAAAAAAAUGGCCAGCCAUGUAAGAUCGUUCAGCGCCGUCCUGCUGGUGGCCCUGUUUGUACUGAGCGUCGUGCACGUGUCCCGGCAAGCGUCCAUUUCCCUGCAAGUUCUGUCCCGGGCAGAGCGAUCCGUUGUCAACGAAACGUUCGAUAUGAUCGACAAAAAGUGUGAAAGCAAUUCACCCUGCGGUUGGGCCAUCUACACGCCCUACACCCGUAAGAUAGAGAAAUUCGUACAAAACACUUGCGAGUGUCCCAAAACGCAGGUGUGCAUCCGAACGGACGACGACAUCUCGACCAGCACCUUUGUGUACCGCUGUCGAGAAGGGGAUAAAAAGUCGACUCCCGAGUCCUGAUCAACUACCGCGAGCGGCAGCGCCUCCGGGUUGUAAUUAACGCGCCACCGUCGAAACCACCCCCACUACGGAGGGUGUACAGUUGUAAUUUUUAAAAACUAUUGAAAACUAACUCCACCCCACACAUUAUGCGUAUUGCUAUACGAGAACAGAUAAAAAACAAAUCGUGCCGGAAAACAAAUACUCUAAGAGCAUGUAGCGAAGGUAAGCACUCGCCUCCCGGUGUGGACACUAUUAUUAUGAUGUCGCGGAAAACUGGAUCACAGUGCGCGCAAAACUCGGUCGGACGGAGUAAUAUUUAAAACGCAAAACACACACACACACACAAACACACGUAUAUUUAUAUUUGCUUAUUGUUUCUUGUUUUUUAUUAACGUUCCCGUUUCGGUUGCAGCAUAUCUGAUAUGCUGCGCGAAACGAUGCUUUACACGAGAGCAAGCACUGUUCUUAUAUAAUUAGGUCCCCAUCGUCCCCAUCGACAUCAAAACGAUCAUUCUGUUGGUUUAGCCGUUUAGCCGAAACAGUCAGCAACGUCUCUCUCUCUCUAUUCCUCUCUCGCUCUGUACUGGACGACGUCAUAUUGAUGCUGUCUCGGUGUUAAGCACACAAGGUAGCCCCGUAGCUGAUGGUACGAUUCGUUUCGAACGAUUUCCUUAAACCUCUCAUAGUUCCGCCAUAAGGAAAGGUGCCAAACUGGCCGCAGCCUCCCAUCAGUCAACGCACACAGAAAGGGUCCGCAGUAGAUGGACGAUAAAAAAGCGAACGAAUGGAUUUAAUCUGACCUCUCCGCGCGAAUCCUCUCCGCAAACAGUGGCCAGUGGGGCAGUAUGAUGAUUCCUGUUAGAGAUGUAUCCUAGUUCGUAAGCACUGCUUUCUGCAGACCUUUUGGGCCGCUUAACUCAUCGGCCCGGGAUCGGAGCCGCCUUUUUCGCUUGCCCCUAGGUUAGGUAGUGUUAGCAUGUAAAUUGGUGAUCGUGCACGUGGUCUGGAAAGCUGGCUUCCGACACGUACGCGCGCACCCUCUGCGCUAAGACCACCAAGAGCCCCUUAGAAUUGGUCCUAAUGCUUCUAUUUGUUUUACUAGUUUAGCUUUCGUACUUAAGGCAGUGCAUAGUUUUACAAAGUGCAAACUGUUAGUGGUUAAGCGGCGGUAAAUAGGGAAAGAAAAAUCAGCUCGAAAAGAAAAACGAUCGGACCCAAUGAUAAAGCACGAAAACUGAAUGUUGUCCUAAAAACGCUACAAUUACACAGCCUACAGGUUUUACAAUGUCAAUUUCUGUUUCUCGGUGUAACGGAAAAGCUUUACCGCAACGCACAAACCCUCUCACUACAUACAGUAUUCAGCAGACACACAAACCCUUCUCCUUCAUUCAACCUGUACUAGUUCCGGUGUCUUCUGUGGACGUCUCUGAUUGUACGCCUAUCGAACGGCCCAGAGCUAAUAAUCUUACCAUAAGGUGUUUGGAGCCAGGGCGCAGUCCUGUAGUUGACAGAUAUCAAUGGUUCUUGAACUGGAAAUAAAUA